AAAUCCGCGGGACGAGUAAAACCAGAAACCGGGCAACCGGGGCCCUAUAAAGCCGCCCCAAAGCUCACCGGAAUCCGCCUCAUCAUCCAGUCAGCAUCGCGGUCUAUCUGCUCGAGCGAUUCUCUGAUUCCGGAUCUCCGGCGAACUUUGUCCAAUUUUCAGGCAAGUUCUCACUUGUUUUUCUCUCUCGUGGUUUUCCGAAUGGCCGACGAAGAGGUUAGGGAGCGUCGGAUCGUGGUGGCGGUGGACGAGAGCGAGCAGAGCAUGUACGCCCUCUCCUGGUGCUUGGAGAAUCUCGUCUGCGACUCGGAAAGCGGAAAUAUCAAGGAUACCCUCAUCCUCGCCUUUGCGAGGCCGCCGCGCACCGUCUACACUGCCCUCGACGGAACAGCAGGUUAUCUUUUCUCAACGGAGGUGGUUGACUCCAUGGAGAAAUAUAGCCUAGAAGUGGCUGCUUCUGUUAUAGCAAAGGCCACUGCAAUCUGUAAGGACUUGAAACAUGUCAAAGUUGAUACAAAAGUUGGAUGUGGCGAUGCGAGGGACGUGAUAUGCGACAUGGUGGAGAAGGUUGGAGGCGACAUCCUGGUCAUGGGGAGCCAUGGCUAUGGCCUCAUCAAAAGGGCCUUCUUAGGGAGUGUAAGCAACCACUGCGCACAGAAUGUGAAAUGUCCUGUUUUGAUCGUCAAGAAGCCCAAAGCCUAGACUAGAGGUUUGGACAUAUGUGUGGGUGUUGUGGGUUAUCGAGAGGGCUUUUCUUGUUGGUUGUGGAAUGUGAACUCUCUCUCUCUUUCUCUAUGUGCAGUUCUGUAUAUGAGUGCUUUUAUGUCGUCCAGAAGAAACAUUCUCGGAUAAGUUUUCUGCGCUUUUCCCUUUCCUUUAUAUGAUGCAGACCAGCAAUUUUUUUGCGCAAUGAGAUUUGCAGGCUAGGUUCGUCUAUUUUUGCCGUUUCUUAUUUUGGACAUCCUUCAGUAUUGUAUUAAACUCUUUUCCUUCA